AUCUUGAAUACCUAAAAACUAGUGAAAUAUCGCUUCAGGAACGCAAUGUCGGAAAAUGCGGCGGGGCCGUCUGAAUCUGGACAAAUUGUUACUCGCAAAAUUCGCCUGCAUAAGGUGAUGCGACCAUUGGACGAGACUGGCGCUGACAGGACCCAAGUGGACUUUCAGCAGCACAUGGAGCGCCGGAUAGCUGAGAUCCUGCCGUCAAUUGCCGAUCUCCCUGUACCUCUUCAAAGCUCCAUGCCAAGCGCACUGGCCGAUGCGCGUGCUGUGGAGCUCCGGCGGCUACAAGACACCAAACAGGAGCUUGCGUUAUCUGAGGCGCAGGAAUUGGCGACCCUGUUUGAUAUGUCUAAGCCACAUCCGUUAGAUAACGCGCCGCCGACGACACCCUGGACUGGCGCACUGCGGCCCGUACCACGCAAAAUCGUGCUAAGCCCUUACCAGUACGAGAUGAUCAACUACCAACGCAUGCUUAUGCGAAAGAAUAUUUGGUACUACCGCGACCGCAUGAACGUGCCGCGCGGACCUUGCCCGCUGCACGUUUUAAAGGAGGCUUGGGUGACGGGCAUCGUGGACGAGAACACGCUGAUGUGGGGCCACGGCCUGUACGACUGGCUGCCGGCGAAAAACAUAAAGCUGCUGCUUCCCAUGAUCCGUACUCCCGAAGUGCGCUUGGCCGCCUGGAUCAAGCGCACGUUCUCGCUCAAGCCCAGCCUUAACCGCAUUCGGGAGCAGCGCAAAGAGCACCGGGACCCGGAGGAUUACUCGCUGCAAGUCGAACUUAUGCGAUAGAUAAUAUACGAAAGCGUGGAGUCGGCGC